AUGAUGGUUAUGUUGUUGGGCGGUGCCAUUCGUGCACCGGCACCGAUGCUUCAUCUAGAGCGCGAGUUCCAGCUGGAACCUAUUCCAGAACAAGUUACGGUGGGUCAACGUCUCCUCCUCUCCUGCCAGCCACCGCGUGGAAAACCCACACCAAGCGUAAGCGCCAGUUGUUUGCAGCCCUACAACCCGCUUUCUUUCCCCAAGCUCUACUCUGCAUCUCUUUUCCCCGUCAAGGAAGACGAUUAUGUAGUGCCGCGCUCUGACCACCCAUACUGA